UCACAAUGAAUUGAAACUCUGGGAGACACCGGACAAUACAGCAGAAAAAAACAAAUAAAAACAACAUCAAGCGAGAUCUAUACAAAGAUUAUAUGCCUGGAAAAGAUCCAGCAUAAAUAUAUGUUUCCCUUUUUCAACCCCUCCUGAUGCCCGAAAUAACACAUUUCCGUCAAUGUGCUCAACACUUGACUGAGGGAACACGCAACAGAUGAGAAUGUUGUAUUCUCGUAAUAAACUUCUUUCUUAUUCUCCUCUCUCUGCUUUUUCUUCUCCUAAAAGUCUCCGUCUUGUCCUCCCAAAGAUCAUUCCGGGCUCUACUAGUGACUCCAUAUAACCGUGAACUUUGACCCGCCCAAAGCCCUGGACGAUAUGGCUAUACACUGGAACGCUGAAGCCGAGGCUAGACUACUCAUGGGUAUUCUAGCCCAGAUGCAACGGUUGGACUACAAGGCUUUAGCCGCCUUCAUGGGGUCGGGUUGCUCGGUUCCUGCGUUAAAAAACCAUAUUUGCAAGCUCCGUCGCGAAGCUGGCGUUCCUGCUGGUAGCUCGGGGAAGCCGCGGACUCCAUCAACUAGGACACCUACAAAGGCUGGAAAAGCUGCUGCCGACUCCCCAAUAAACCAAGCAAAAAGACAAUAUCAUAUCGUUGACGAUGACGACGAUGACGAUGACGACGACGACGGUGAUAAAGUUAUAAAGGACGAAAAGGACGUCAAACCACUGAUCAAAGACGAAUACAAGGAUAAAAAGUUGAAGAUCUCUUUCAUUGACCUCGCUUAGUGUCGAGGACUAAGAAUUUGAUGGCCGUGCAACAACCUUUUAUGUAUGCCGUCAAUGCCUAACUAUGCAGGUCGUUUUGGUAAAGGUCCAUGACGCCUGUUCAUAUGCCAACGUUGCUUUACUUUCUCCCUCACACCUGCCGAUAUCGUAUGAUCAAGGCCUACACCGUUUUGCUGAUCUAGCUUUAAGCAACUUCGGGUUUUAGUGAGCUGCUCUGAUGCUAGUUUUGAUGGGGGAAAAGCUGGGUUGGCCAUGUCAUUGUCUGCAAAACAUUUGUACCGUGAAGUCCUCUAGGUUGAUGCCUCCAUAGAGCCGAAUGAACUCCGCUGUACCGGAACCCGUCACGGGGAAUCCGGGGUGACUGUCGCGU